ACCAUAAAACAUAAACAGAUCGAAGAGAAAGAUGAUAAAGCCUCAAGUGUAUCAAUCACAGCAUAACAACCAAACCCUCUUGUUUCUGCAGCGGCCAUUACUGCAUGCUAUUGGUAGUGCUGCUAAAAAUUCAUCUCUUCCACUAUGGUUGGGGAAGACUACACAAAAGUUUAAGCGUCUUGUCCUCAACGUUGAAACUAACUCUACUUCUUCAACCACAACAACAGACACAGAUAAGAGUACAGGGAAGAGUACAGUGAAACUAAAAGCCAUAAUUAAGGUUAAAAUAACUGUGGCCGGUUUUUUUUCAAGUUUAAGAUUAGACCGAGGAAUUGAUGAUAUAAGAGAUUUGCUUGGUAAAUCUCUUCUCUUGGAGCUUGUUAGUUCGGAACUUGAUGCUAAGACGGGAUUGGAGAAAGAGACUCUUAAAGCAUAUGCACACAAAGCAGCACAAAAUGAGGAGCGGGGUAAGUAUGAAACAGUUUUUGAAGUUCCAAGCGAUUUUGGAGAGAUUGGUGCAGUUUUGGUUGAGAAUGAACAUCACAAGGAGAUGUUCCUUGAAACCAUUCUCCUCGACGGUUUCCCUGAGGGUCCUAUUCAUUUUGACUGUGCCUCAUGGGUUCACUCCAAGUUCGACAAUCCCACCAAAAGGGUCUUCUUCACCAACAAGUGUUACUUACCGCGGGAGACACCGAAUGGUUUAAGAAGAUUAAGAGAAGAAGAACUGAGUAAUCUGAGAGGGAAUGGAGAAGGAGAACGCAAGAGCUUUGAAAGAAUAUACGAUUACGACAUAUACAACGACAUUGGAGAUCCUGAUAAAAGCCUUGAUCUUCAGAGACAUCCCUUAGGUGGCAAAGAACGACCUUAUCCUAGACGAUGUCGAACCGGUCGUCCACACAGUGAAGCAGAUCCAUUGUCUGAAAGACGAAGUAGUAAGUUUUACGUUCCAAGAGAUGAGUGCUUCUCAGAGGUGAAGCAGUUAACGUUCUCAACAAAGACAUUGCACUCUGUGUUGCUGAUAUUGCUUCCAUCUUUGGGAAAAAUUAUAAAAGAAAAGGAGCUUCCAUUUUCAUAUUUCCAUGACAUAGAUUCGCUUUUCAGCAUUGGACUUGACUUGCCUCCUCAGCAUGAAACCGAGAAGGGAUUCCUACGAACCAUUAUGCCCAGACUCGUCAAAAGCAUUUCUGGCGAGGGGGGACACGUCCUUCGCUUUGAGACCCCUGAGACUAUGAGCAGGGAUAGAUUUUUCUGGUUUAGGGAUGAAGAAUUUGCUAGACAAACUGUUGCUGGCCUCAACCCAUAUAGCAUACGACUGAAAUGGCCAUUGAGGAGCAAACUUGACCCUGUUACGUAUGGUACAGCAGAAUCAGCAAUCACCUCAGAAAUUAUCAAUAAAGAGAUUGGAGGCGUAAUGUCGAUAGAAAAGGCGAUUAAAGAAAAAAGGCUGUUCAUAUUAGACUAUCAUGACAUACUUUUACCGUUUGUUAGCAAAGUACGGAAACUAAAGGGGAGAACACUUUAUGGGUCACGAACUUUGUUCUUUCUAAACCCAGAGGGGACACUGAGGCCUCUAGCCAUUGAGCUCACUCGACCACCAAUUAAUGGAAAGCCCCAAUGGAAGCAAGUUUUCACACCUUCUUGGCACUCAACCUCUGUUUGGCUCUGGAGGAUCGCCAAGGCUCAUGUUCUUGCUCAUGACUCGGGCUAUCACCAACUUGUUAGCCAUUGGUUAAGAACUCACUGUGUGACAGAGCCCUAUGUCAUUGCAACCAACAGGCAACUUAGUGUGAUGCACCCCGUAUACAGAUUGCUACAUCCUCAUUUUCGUUACACAAUGGAGAUUAAUGCUCUAGCACGGGAAGCACUUAUUAACGCUGAUGGCACAAUUGAGAGCUCAUUCUCACCAGGAAAGUACUCCAUGGCCAUUAGUUCUGCUGCCUAUGAUCUUGAAUGGCGGUUUGACACCCAGGCUCUACCUGCAGACCUAAUUAGAAGGGGAAUAGCUGUGGAAGACCCAUUUGCUCCACAUGGUUUGAGGCUUACCAUUAAGGACUAUCCUUUUGCAAAUGAUGGACUACUUCUAUGGGAUGCUAUAAAGCUAUGGGUGACUGACUAUGUAAACCAUUACUACCCUGAACCAAGUCUUGUGGAAUUGGAUGAAGAGCUGCAAGCAUGGUGGACAGAGAUUAGAAUAGCUGGUCAUGCGGACAAAAAAGAUGAACCAUGGUGGCCAGUUCUAAAAACACCAAAAGACCUUAUUGGAAUCCUUACUACAAUCAUAUGGAUAACUUCUGGUCACCAUGCAGCUGUGAACUUUGGACAAUAUGUUUAUGGUGGCUAUUUCCCAAAUAGGCCUACAAUUGCAAGAACUAAGAUGCCCUCAGAAGACCCUACAGAAGAAGAGUGGAAAGAGUUCAUUGCAAAACCUGAAAGAGCACUUCUAAAGUGCUUUCCUUCACAACUUCAAGCAACUAGAGUCAUGGCUGUGUUGGAUAUACUGUCAACUCAUUCACCAGAUGAAGAAUACAUAGGGGAAAAGAUGGAACCAUCAUGGGCUGAAGACCCUGUCAUAAAGGCUGCCUUUGAUAGAUUUAGAGAAAGACUGAACAAACUAGAAGCACUGAUUGAUGAGAGGAAUGAAAAUACAAAUUUAAAGAACAGAAAUGGUGCUGGCAUUGUCCCUUAUGAGCUUUUGAAGCCUUUCUCAAAGCCAGGUGUGACUGGAAUGGGGGUUCCUUGUAGUAUAUCUAUUUAAAUUGACAAACAAAUAUUAUCUGUGAGCCUAAUGUUAUUUUUUAAGACACAUUUUAUAGACUAAAGUGAUAUGGGUUUUAAAUUAAAGAUAAGAUGGACAUGUAGUCACAUAAGCUGGAAAUCCAACUAGAACAUUCAUAAACAAAUUGACUAAUGUUUCUUGAGGAAAUUCUUGAACCAAUAAGAAUAUUUCUAUC